AUGGUGAAAAUCGAUGAGUUUGCCGUGGAGCGAUGGAUGGAUCUCCAUGAAAAUGACGCCAAGCAUAAUCUCGCCGAGACAUGCUGUGCAUCCAUUUCUUUGAACGAUCUUCAGGUCUUUUCAGGUCGCGAGACGGAUCUCAUAGACUACUCCCAGAAACAGGUCUAUGGUGCAAUCCGGGGCUCUAGCGCUCUCAGGUCGAACAUUGCUCGGCUGUACUCAUCAGCAACCUCGGAGCCCCUGCGUGCGGAAGACGUACUUGUCACCAACGGUGCAAUUCAAGCCAACUUCUUGGCUCUUUAUACCAACGUUGGUGUUGAAGACCACGUCAUCUGUCACUAUCCAACUUAUCAACAGUUGUAUUCUGUUCCUGAAUCUCUUGGUGCUGAAGUCAGUUUGUGGAAGUCAUCUGAAGAGAACGGUUGGCAGUUGGACGUGAUGGAUCUCAAGUCCAUGAUCAAACCCAACACGAAGCUCAUCAUAUUGAACAACCCGCAAAAUCCUACUGGUGCUGUUCUCCGCCGCGAGACUCUGCAGGAAAUCGUUGAAGUUGCACGCCAACAUGACCUUAUCAUUCAUUGCGACGAAGUCUACCGGCCGCUCUUCCACUCUCUUGACCCGACUCAACCGGAAAACCCGCCGUCAAUCCUUGAUUUUGGAUACAAAAAGACCAUUUCCACCGGUUCCAUGUCCAAGGCAUUCAGUCUAGCAGGCAUCCGGUUAGGCUGGAUUGCUUCUAGAAAUCCCGCAAUGAUUGAAGCAUUCGCCUCUGCGCGUGACUAUACCCUCAUUUCCGUUGGACAACUCGAUGACUGCGUAGCUGCCCAAGCACUUUCGAGUCCGGCAGUUGAAAAUUUGCUCGAACGAAAUUAUCAGCUGGCGAGACAGAACCUUGAUAAUUUGGAGGCGUUCGUGCAUGAGUUCAAAUGGACUGCGUCGUGGACUAGACCACAGGCCGGCACGACUGCCUUUAUCAAGUUUGCAAAGGGUGGACAUCCGGUCGACGAUGUGGUCUUCUGUGAACAACUGCUGGAGAAGUAUGGGGUUAUGUUCGUUCCAGGAAGUCGGUGCUUUGGUAAUGGAAAUGACUUUAGAGGGUACGUACGGGUUGGCUACGUUCCUGAACGUGAGGUUAUGAUCGACGGUCUCGAGGCUCUCAGAAAGUUUAUGCGAGACGGGUUUGAGAGCGUUCCAUUGAAGGUAGAAUAA